AGCAUCAGUUUCGCUUUCGUUUCCGUUUAAAUGCCCCAAACCGUCGGCCAAACCCAAGAAGUGGCGAAACCCACUGUCGUUGACGGAAUCUACGAAAAUGUAUGUCGUUUCUAGACACAUAUUUAACUUUAUCUGCAAACACGAGGGCUGUUCGGACUAUGGUAAAGUCGAGAGGGAUUUACGGCAGAGUUUCACGGUGGCAGAUCAGAUUCUCUCUCAGGUGCUCGAUGAUCGCCAGAGGUUUGUUGUAGUUCAGGAUGAAGACUCGAAUCCCAGAAGCUCCAUACCAGAUGCUGACAGCCUGAUCUUAGCCAAAACCUCACUGCGACUGUGUAAACAUGACAAAUGCUCCGGGUGUGAAGACCUACACCUGUGCAGGUACUUUGUAUGUGGAAAUUGCAGAUUUGGGACAAAAUGCAAAAAUUCCCAUGACUUGACAUCAGCGCAUAAUUCUGACCUCCUGAAGAAACAUGAUCUUCAUGGCCUUGCGAGUGGAGAGUUGUUUCAACUUCUGCUUCAAAACGACCCCUCAUUACUUCCAGAGGUGUGCUCCCACUACAACAAGGGAAAUGGUGAAUAUGGCAGUUGUAAAUAUAAGACAUCCUGCACCAACCUGCACCUCUGCCUGCACUUCCUGCAGGAUGACUGUAAGUUCGGAGCAGCUUGCAAAAGGACCCACAGCUUCGAUGCAUAUGCUCAGAAAAUCCUGAAUGCUCGAGGGCUCAGUCCAGAAAACAUGCGAAAACUCCUCUGGCUUUACAAGAACAAGUUACUGAUUGCUUCUUCAGCUUUCAAGAAGAGUGAGACAGUAGCUCUACCUGCAGUGAAAGGGCGCACCAGACACAAAUCCAGUAGCUCCGUCAGUGAAGCGGAUCACAAUGAAAUCUGUCUCUUUUUCGUACGCACUGGAUGUAGUUUCAAAGACAAGUGUGUUCGUUUUCACCACCAUCUACCCUAUAAAUGGCAGAUAUUACAGAAGGAUGGGAUUACGUGGGGUGACUUGCCAAAUGAAGAGGAGAUUGAGAAGGCGUACUGCAGUCCAGCAAAUGUUUUGUGUAUUACUGAGAGCAGCACAGGGCAUCAGGUCGUGGACUUUAUGUCAAUGACUUGUGGAGUGUCAGAUGUGCGUCGGUUGUCCACAGCGUCUUCUGUUACUAAACCCCCUCACUUCAUUCUGACCACUGAAUGGAUGUGGUACUGGAGGAAUGACAAGGGAGGUUGGACACAGUAUGGCAAAGGGGAAGAUCCUAAACUUGUGGCGUCAGUCACUUCAGAAGAUCUUGAGAAACAUUACCUGGCUGACAGUGAAAAGGAAAUUUCAUAUACUUCACAGAACCAUCAAUACGCCCUCAAAUUUAAAGAGAUGUGCCAGCAAAAUCUCAAGUACAAAACUGAAAGAGAUGUUAGAAGGAGACCACGUUUUGUUUCUGCCCAAGAUGUCAAGAGCAAAAUCAAGGGAAGUGAGUCUCCAGACAGCUCAGCAUCUUCUUCUGUGGAAGUUCCACCUUACUGGGACAAAGGAGCUAUUGAUAACUUCACCUACAAGAUUGUUCCUCUGCAAAGCACUUCCAAGGAAUACCAAAGGGUGGGCGCAAUGUUUAGUAGAACACUGCCCAAAAGCAUCAUUCACAGCAUUGAAAGAGUGCAGAAUCUUUCUCUCUGGAGGGUCUUUCAGUGGCAAAAAGAACAGAUGAAUAAGAGAAAUGGAGAGAGUGCAGUUGACCAGCGUUACCUUUUCCACGGUACAGAUGAGUCUCUCCAUCAAAUCAUUUACAUAUAA